UUUCAACGUAGUAUAAAUGUCCAAACCGAGAUAAACAAUAUUCAGUAUACGAUUAACCAUAAUAUCUAGUUACGCAAACUUGGAAAAUAUCAAAGUGAAGUCGAUCGCGAAACAAUUAACAUGGAAGCGGUAUUACACGAGAGUACCUACGUAGGUAACUCGAAAGUCGGGGAAAAUUUAAAAUAUAGCGGCGGUUUUGAAUCGGUACGUCCAUCGGUACAUGCUAAUGUUAACUCUGAGAAAGUACAUUUUUACAAUGGCAAUAAAAAGAUGGAAUCGUUUCAAAAUACUGUUGACAUAGAAUUUGAAAAUAUCACUUUUACUGCCACACAAGGAAAUAUUUUAUCUAAAAAAAGUCAAAAAGAAAUUUUACACAGAGUGACGGGACGGUUUCCACCAGGACAGCUUAUUGCAAUUAUGGGUCCAUCUGGAGCUGGAAAAAGUACACUCUUAGAUGUUCUUAGUGGCUACCGGUUACAAGGUGUAAAUGGAACGGUUUACGUAAAUGGAAGGACAAGAAACUUGAAACAAUUUCGAAAAUCUUCUUGCUAUAUUACACAGGACGAUCGUUUGCAACCGCUAUUGACUGUUGAAGAGAAUAUGCUCGUAGCAGCCGAUCUUAAAUUGCCUUCAACAGUGCCUUCCAGUGAAAAAAAUAAAAUUGUAGAUGAAAUUUUAGUUACAUUAAAAUUAAGCGAAACUAAAAGAGUGAGAGCAGCUGGGCUUUCAGGGGGACAAAAGAAAAGGCUGUCAAUUGCUUUAGAGUUAGUUAGUAAUCCUAUGGUGAUGUUUUUAGAUGAACCAACCACGGGUUUAGACAGUUCAUCAUGCACCACAUGUAUUACUCUCUUAAAACAACUGACUCAACAAGGAAAGACUAUAAUUUGCACAAUUCAUCAACCUUCAGCAUCUCUAUUUACGAUGUUUGACCAAGUUUAUGUAUUAGCAGACGGAUAUUGUCUUUACCAAGGAGGAACCUCACGAAUGGUUCCAUUUUUAGAGGAUGUAGGUUUUCCCUGUCCAAAAUAUCACAAUCCUGCCGAUUAUGUUAUAGAAUUGGCAUGUGGAGAAUAUGGACAAGACAAACCGGAAAAAAUGAUCGGCGCUACGAAAAACGGAAGAUCAAUCCAGUAUUUCAAUGAUCCAGACAAUUUAUUGAAUUAUUCAAAAUACAAAGAUAACGAGAAUAAAAUUUCUAAAGACGAUGGAUUAUUGCCAACAUCACAACUCAACCAGUUAAAGGUGUUGCUAAGACGAGGAUUUCUUAAAUCGGCUAGAGACGAAACAUUAACAUACCUACGAGUGGGAACGAACAUAGUAGUUGGAAUAAUGUUGGGAAGUAUCUACUGGAAAGCUGGUAAUGAUGGAUCAAAAGUAUUAGAUAAUUACAAUUUACUCUUUGCAAUUUUAAUGCACCACAUGAUGGCUACAAUGAUGUUGACUAUCUUAACUUUUCCACAAGAAAUGUCUAUUCUCAUUAAAGAACAUUUUAAUCGUUGGUACUCUUUGAAAAUGUAUUACACAUCGGUGACUUUAGUGGAUAUUCCAAUAUCUAUCGUUUGCUGUUUUUUAUUUACAAUCAUCAUUUAUUUCAUGACGGAUCAACCAAAUGAUUCUGUACGGUUUUUGAUGUUUUUCGCAACUUGUAUGUUGGUGGUUUUGGUGGCUCAAGGAGUAGGUUUAAUGAUUGGAGCGUACUUUGAUGUUGUUAAUGGUACAUUCAUCGGCCCCACUCUUACCGUGCCUAUGAUGAUGUUCUCUGGAUUUGGGGUACGUUUGUGCGAUCUGCCGACGGUCAUGAAUUGGGGUAGCUAUGUUUCAUACUUGAGGUAUGGAUUAGAAGGAGUCGUUGGAGCAAUCUACGGUUUAAGUAGAGACACAAUCGAAUGCCCAGAGGACAAAUUUUGUCUCUAUAAAUAUCCCAAGGAAUUUUUGGAAAUGGUUGAUGUGCGUUCCGAUCAGUUUGAUAAUGAUAUGAUAGCGCUUUUUAUAUUUUUAUUUAUUUUAAGAAUAAGUGCUUUUGUAGUGCUAAGAUACAAACUAAUUUCAGUGCGUUAAUAAGAUUGUGAAUAAUUGUGUAAAAAUAUAUAAGUACUUUUGAGACAUAAAAGUAAACUAUCGUAAAUCGAGAUACCAACAUUUUUGAUAUUGUUGUCCCAUAACAUUGAAUUAAAAUGAUUUUUUUUAAAAUUACUUUAAAAAUACCAAAACAUUUGGAUUGCUUAUUAACUUUCGAAACUGUACUUUAUAUUUCAACGAAUUCAAAAUGAACAAAAUGUGCUUUAGACAUGUUUGAUGGUAUUUUUGGAAAAUAUUGUGAACUAUGUAAAAUGCAUUUUUCAUAUACUUGAGACAUUUUGAUGUGUCGUAUCUGUAAUCGGCAGUACGUCACCUCCAGUUUAAUACCGAAUCCGAACGGCGAAGAAGAUUUGAAUGAUAUCUCGCUCAUCAAUACCUACAACGUGCUAAGCGCUAAGUUACUGCCGCAUUGAUAAUUACCGGUAGUAAAAUUACUGGUUAGGUCAAUGUUAAAAAAUUUAGCAAACGUACUUAUUAUACGAAAACAGAUAAUGAAUAUUUAGACAUGUUGUGAAUAUGUAUAUAAUUAUUUUUAGUUCUAAUUGAAUAUAAUUAUUAAAUGUUCAUCUAAAUGGUUAGGAGGUUCAAUGACGGUUUUUUUCCUAAGAGCGUAACUGAAAAAAUAAUAAUAGGAAAUGAGUUGAAACUUUUAUUUAUCUACGUUUGUUUUCUUUUUAACAAAUUGAAGUAAUUGUGCCCGUUCUGCUUACCUGUGGUGGUGUCUAGGAGAGAAUAUUUUACAUAGGUAGUUACUUUUACAAAGAAAUACUUUCUCCUACUUGAUAGGUAUAUACCUAAUUAAAUACCUACGAAACUACAGGUCAAUUAUCUAAUAAACAAAAAAAUAUAAAAAUGCUCAUUGAGACUGUGUUAUGUAUUUAUUAUAUUUGUAAAUAAUUGUAAAAUAUAUUUUAUUCUAAAUCGACAUUGGAAAGAUGUUCGACAUGCGAAUUGGUUAAAACUAUAAUAAAUACUCAAAAUGUUUAGGUGGACACAAGCAAUGCAAAAUAAAUGUGAUGUUAUUUAUAUGCGUUUUAAAAUAUAUGUUUUUUCUAGGUG